AUGUCUUCCAGUUUGAGCGACUCAGAGAACAACAUUCCUUCCACUUCGACAGACGAACUGCAAUUUCAUAUGGAUGAUGAUCAGAUCAUGAUCGAAACGUCAGCGGCAGAGAAAUCCAAUGCAUCGGUGCAGCAGGACGAUACUACUGAUGAGAUUUGGCGAAAUAUAGAGAAUAGCCGCGUUCGCUUUCCGAUGACUCGUGAUGAUCAUAGGCAAGGUUUGAAGAGAUCUACUACAUUGAAAUCUCCUAAUCUAACUGGACCUGAAGGAGAAGUUGUCAUUCCGACGACUGAUCAUGAUUCAUCCAAGCAAUCCGCAUCUGCGUCUCCCAUGGGGACAGAUGGUGUUGGUGGAGGACGGGACGGGGAGUCUUCCGACAAGGAUAAGUCAGGACGUGGUUCUCUUGACAAUAAAACUAUUUUGAAGCCGUCGCCUAGCGUCGGUACCAGUCUUCUCAACCUUGUCACUGAGGCAACUAGUGCAAAAUCAAAUGGAACCGAGAGCAGUAGUUCAUCCAUGAUGGACGAAGCAUGGGAACGACUGAGAAGCUCGUUUGUUUAUUUUCAGAAAAAACCAGUUGGAACGCUGGCCGCACUCGAUCCUAGUGCAGAGGCUUUGAAUUACAAUCAGGUGUUUGUGAGAGACUUCGUGCCAACUGCCCUGGCCUGCCUAAUGAGAGUUCCAGAUCCGGAGCCGGAGAUUGUGAAAAACUUCUUGCUUAAGACACUCCAUCUCCAAGGAUGGAAAAAGACAAUUGACAAUUUCACUCUUGGAGAAGGUGUCAUGCCUGCUAGUUUCAAGGUCAUGUAUGACUCAUACCAGGAAAAGGAUGUAUUGAAGGCUGACUUUGGUGGCAGUGCAAUCGGAAGAGUUGCACCAGUUGAUUCAGGUUUUUGGUGGAUUAUACUAUUAAGGUCAUACACCAAGUGUACAGGGGAUUAUACCUUGUCAGAAAGACCUGAGGUGCAGAAAGGAAUGAAGUUGAUACUCAAUCUUUGUCUAUCUGACGGCUUUGACACUUUCCCAACACUCUUGUGUGCAGAUGGAUGUAGCAUGAUUGACAGGAGGAUGGGAAUAUAUGGAUAUCCGAUUGAGAUUCAGGCUCUCUUCUUCUUUGCGCUGAGGUGUGCACAACAAAUGCUCAAACAGGAUAGUGACUCCAACAGACUAAUUGAGCGGAUUGAAAGAAGAAUUACAGCUCUAAGUUACCACAUCCGAAAUUACUAUUGGCUGGAUUUUACCCAACUGAACAACAUUUACCGUUACAAAACAGAGGAGUACUCCCACACAGCUGUUAACAAGUUCAAUGUCAUUCCAGAGUCGAUCCCAGAUUGGGUGUUUGAUUUCAUGCCGUUGAGGGGAGGAUACUUCAUCGGAAAUGUGAGCCCAGCUCGCAUGGACUUCAGGUGGUUCUUAAUUGGCAACUGUAUUGCUAUCUUGAGCUCUUUAGCCACACUGGCACAAGCUACAGCUAUUAUGGACUUGGUUGAGGAGCGCUGGGAAGACCUGAUUGGUGAGAUGCCGCUGAAAAUUGCUUACCCAGCUUUGGAGGGAUAUCAGUGGAGGAUUGUCACAGGAUGUGAUCCAAAGAACAUACGUUGGAGUUAUCACAAUGGCGGAUCUUGGCCAGUUCUUCUGUGGCUGCUGACAGCAGCAUGCAUCAAGGCAGGAAGGCCUCAAAUUGCUAAGAGAGCCAUUGAGUUGGUGGAGCAGCGACUUUCAAAAGAUGGAUGGCCUGAGUAUUAUGAUGGUAAGAAGGGGCGUUAUAUAGGAAAGCAAGCAAGGAAAUAUCAGACAUGGUCCAUCUCUGGGUACCUGGUUGCGAAGUUGAUGAUAGAGAAUCCAUCUAACCUUGCCAUGAUUUCUUUAGAAGAGGAUAAGAAGAUAGAAAAGCCAAGGCUUACACGCUCUGCCUCUUGGUCCUGUUCCAGGUGA